CAUUCCUACAAUAUGUUACAUAAUUUCACAGAUAGCACUUGUAUAUACCAAAGUAAGAGAACAUAAACAUAAACAACCAACAAGAAAGGAUCGAGAGUAGAGAAGAAGAUGAAGAUGUUGCAAUUGCAACCACCACAGUCCUAUACAACUACAAACCCAUUUUCAGUCCCAACUCACUCUUUCAUCAUCAACACUCCCAAAAAAUCCAUUUUUUUACGUCGCGUGGGUCCCACUUUCUCCCUCACAUGUCACCACCCUGAGCUUUUCCAUCCCAAACCAUUCCCUCCGCCUCAACGCCCUCAAUCUUCUUCUUCUUCUUUCUCCUCUUCAGUUGGAGAAUUACCAGCAAGGGUUCAUGUUAGUCGUUCAGUUUACAAAGGGAAAGCUGUGCUCGUUGUGUCUCCUGUACUUCCAAAAUUCACUUCAUCGGAUUCAGGGACAUUCAAGAUAUCUAAAGAAGGUUUGAUGUUGCUACAGUUUGUUCCUUCUGCCGGUUUUCGCCAAUAUGAUUGGAACAGAAAGCAGGUGUUUUCACUAUCUGUGGAUGAAAUGGGAAAUCUAAUUAAUCUUGGUGCAAGGGAGUCUUGUGAAAUUUUUCACGAUCCUUUUAUGGGAAGAAGUGAUGAAGGUAAAGUGAGAAAAGUUUUAAAGGUGGAGCCACUUCACGACGGUUCCGGUCACAUGUUUAAACUAAGUGUCCAAAACCAGCUCAAGAACAUCGAUGAGAACAUAUUUAUCCCUGUCACAAAAGCGGAAUUUGCAGUUUUCAAUUCACUUUUCAGUUUUAUCAUGCCAUAUCUCUUAGGUUGGAAUGCCUUUGCCGACUCCAUAAAGCCAGAAGUAAAUAUUGCAAACCCAAGAAGAAGAGAAGAAGACUUUGAAUGGAACAGAUAGGGUGAUCUGCAGUAUUAAUGACCAUAGAAAGUUACAAUACACCAUCUUGUAUGAUCUUAUUAACUUUAGAAUGUGUUAAAUUAAAUCACCUCAUUUUGAGAAGUAUCAUUAUUGGUGCACAUUUUUUAAUUCAA